AUGUCGGGCCACGCCAACAAUGACUCUUCCGCAUCGUCGUCGUCGCGACCCCCAAACAACGACACAAACAGCCCUCCAGGCGAUCGAGACGAGCUGGAACUUUGGAGCGAAGACGAAGACAUAUCCGACGUCCUGACCGAGGACCCCAUACGCGAAGACCUUAACGAACCCCUUUCCUUCAAGCGAAAACAGAAGCAGAGUGUCCUGUCAACACCAGGUCGUUUUUUCUCUGCCAUCACUGGUUCGAGACCAGGCACCGCCUCCCCACAAUCGUCCCCGCGACUGCGAACACCCAUCCAAGAUACCAACCGUCAGGGUUUCAACUCUCCACGUCGAGCGGGCGGGAAUGCCGCCACAGGUGAAGGUACCAAAGAUGGUGCGCCAUUAGACUGGUAUGUGGAAGGUCCCGGCCGAAGAGUUGGAUACGAAGACUUGACGGCGAUCGAUUGGAUCUUCGAAUAUACAAAGGAGCGUCAGCGCCUGCGCGUUCUGUACUCGAGUGCCCAGGGCCUGCUCGGAUACUUCCAGCAAUUGAUGGACUCCAGUCAAGUAUGGGUGAUUCUCAUACUGACUGGUAUGGCUGUUGGCGCUGUCGCUGCUGGAAUUGACAUCACCACGGACUGGCUUGGAGACCUCAAGAACGGCUACUGUUCUAGUGGCCCAGAAGGAGGCGCAUUCUACUUGAACAGGGCCUUCUGCUGCUGGGGAUACAAUGAGUUUGCCAAGUGUGCGGGCUGGACGCCUUGGGCCAAGGCUCUAGGAGUUUCUUCGGCCACAGGAAAGUGGUUUCUAGAGUAUUUCGUCUUCAUGUUCCUGUCGCUUACCAUCUCGCAGGUCAUUCUAGCAUCAUCUGCGGCUAUAUUAGUCAAAGAAUAUGGAAUAUAUGCCAAACAUAGUGGCAUCCCUGAGAUCAAGACGGUCUUGGGCGGUUUCAUUAUUCGAAGGUUUUUGGGCACCUGGACCUUGAUCACCAAAUCACUAGGAUUGUGCCUUGCUGUUGGUUCAGGCAUGUGGCUAGGAAAAGAGGGCCCUCUGGUUCACGUUGCUUGCUGUUGCGCAAACCUGUUCAUCAAACCAUUCAGGAACAUUAAUGACAACGAAGCCGCAGCUCGGAAGAGGGAGGUUUUGUCAGCAGCGGCAGCGUCUGGCAUCUCAGUUGCCUUCGGGUCGCCGAUUGGAGGUGUUUUGUUCAGUCUUGAACAAAUCUCCUACUACUUCCCCGACAAGACUAUGUGGCAGAGUUUCGUCUGUGCUAUGACUGCAGCUGUGGUUCUUCAAGCAUUCGACCCGUUCCGCACGGGUCAGCUUGUCAUGUAUCAAGCCAAAUACAGCUCCGGUUGGCACGGCUUUGAGCUCAUACCCUUUGCCUUGCUAGGUAUCUUAGGUGGCGUGUAUGGUGGGCUGUUCAUCAAAGCCAAUAUGGCUGUGGCUCGGUGGAAGAAAAACACCGCCUGGUUACCAGGACCAAUCACUCAAGUCGCUGCUGUCGCAUUCUUAACUGCACUCAUCAACUAUCCGAACUCCUACAUGAAGUUCCAGACGUCAGAACUUGUCUCAAAUCUGUUUGUGGAGUGUACGACGUAUGUCGAUGAUCAAAUCGGACUCUGUAAGACAGGGGCCGCCUCAGCACCAACCAUCGUACUAUUGGUAUUUGGCGCCAUACUUGGCUUCUUCCUAGCUACAAUUACUUUCGGCCUACAAUUGCCUGCGGGUAUAAUCCUCCCGUCAAUGGCGAUCGGCGCCCUGUGGGGUCGUGCAGUCGGCAUUAUCAUGGAGAUUUGGGUCACUAAUCACCCAACUUUCUUCCCAUUCGCUUCAUGCGAACCGGACGUUCCUUGUGUGACACCUGGAACGUAUGCUAUCAUCGGAGCAGCAGCAAGUCUGGCUGGAGUUACUCGAAUGACAGUGUCGAUCGUGGUCAUCAUGUUCGAGCUGACAGGAGCCUUGACUUAUGUCCUGCCUAUCAUGAUUGCCGUCAUGAUCUCUAAAUGGGUGGGAGACGCAUUCUCUCGGCGAGGCAUCUACGAAGCGUGGAUACAUUUUAAUGAGUAUCCGUUCUUGGACAAUAGUGAGGAGAUGGUCAUCCCCGACAUACCAGCUUCCCAAAUCAUGACGAGAAUUGAGGAUCUGGUUGUGCUCACAGCGACAGGCCACACUAUCGGCAGCCUCAAGAACAUUCUCGACAUGCAUCCUUACCGAGGGUUUCCUGUCAUCUCGGAUCCUCGCGAAGCCAUUCUAUUGGGAUACAUCUCGCGAGCAGAGCUCACCUACAACCUAAGUAUGUGCUCGGCUCCCCCGCGGUCCCUUCCGCCGGAGACAGAAGCGUACUUUUCACAUCAGCCACUUGCUGAUCCACGCACGACGCUGGACUUGCGACCAUGGAUGGAUCAGACACCCAUCACCAUGUCCUCCCGUUCCAGCCUACACUUGGCUGUCACUUACUUCCAGAAGCUUGGGCUACGAUACGUGCUCUUUAGUGAUCGUGGCGCCCUGCAAGGUCUUCUGACAAAGAAGGAUGUUUGGUACGUUCUCAACGGCGCCGAUGAGACUCGCCGGACAGGCGACCUUGGAAGGGACGUGGGAGUUCAGUCUGGCAUCAUGAGGGAGGACGGGGGCGGCGAGCAGAGGGGUUUGCUAAGGAGCGACGGGCACGAGGAGGGAAUCAGUCCAGGCGACGACCGGGAACCAAUUUUAUGA